AUGAGGAGGGUGGGCAGUGUCGCUUCCUAGCUUUAUGCAGUUAGCCUCAGAUCUGAUGAUGCAGUGGGUCACCAGCAUUUAAUACCUUAUAUUAUCCGUAUUAUGCGUGCACACUGCGAAAUAGUUAACCUCAAAACUCAUCCACGUAGUUGUUUGGUCGUAGUAUACACGGAAGUAAAUUUUGGCAAUUUUUGUUUCUACUAAAGUCGGUAUUGUGCGAAAGUAGUUAUCCCUGGGCAAAUGUUUUCCCCACCAGAAGGGGCGCGAGUCUCGUGAUAGUUUUGUGUUUGCGCCCUCUGUUUGCAAAGUUGUCAGCUGUAUAGAACAUGUUUAAUCCUAAACGCCGGUAUUCCUAUGAUGCUGCUACAAAACUCAAAAUCAUAGAGUUUGCUGAAGAACAUAGCAAUUGUGCUGCAACCAGGAAGUUUGGAGUCUCUGAGAGCAACGUCCGGUUAUGGAGAAAGAAUAAAACGAGGCUCCUGAAAAUGCCAAAGAUCAAACACUCCUGCAGAGGGAAAAAAGCCUUUUAUCCAUUACUUGAGAGGGAUCUUGUACGCUGGGUGGAAAACCAGAGGAAUGAUGGGUGUACUGUGACAGGUUUGCAGAUUCAACAUCAGGCUAAGAAAAUGAUUGGAGAUGUAAAGUAUGGUAAAGCAGAAGCCUUCAAAGUGUCGAAAGGUUGGUUCCAGAGAUUCAUGAAGCGCCACUGCUUGCAUUUGAGACAGAAAACCAGCAUAUCACAAGAGCUGCCUGUUGAAUUAGAAGAUAAAAUCAAGAAUUUUCACAAGUUUGUCACACAUCUGAGGAUGAAGCAUGAUUUUCCACUCGGUCACAUUGGCAGCGUGAAUGAGAUCUCAGUGUCUUUUGAUCUGCCUGGCAAGAAAACUAUGGAGAAAGAAGAAAACAAAGAUUUUAUCGUAGAGACAACAACACAUGGAAUAAUUCACUUUACAGUGGUCCUGUGCUGCCUAGCUGAUGGAACAAAACUGGCACCAAUGGUCAUAUUCAGGAGGCAGACAGUCCCACUAAAUGAAAACUUCCCACCAGGUGUUCUGGUCUACUGCCAAACAACAGGCUGUCUAGAUGAAGCAGGAAUUCUGCUAUGGUUGCAAAUUAUAUGGGGCAACAGACCAGGGGGGAACUUUCCAGAAACUAGCAAUGCUGGUCUGUGAUCAUUUUAGACCUCAGUGGACUGAGUCUGUCAAAAAGAAGCUGGACCAGUUCAGGACCCAUCGGGCAGUAAUACCAGGUGACCUAACAAAUGUGCUGCAGCCCAUCAGUGUUCUCAGCAAGCCUUUCAAGGAGCAUGUGAACAAGUCUUGGAUUUUGUGGAUGACCUUAAACCAGGUUGAAAAUGCAUCUAGUGGAAACCUGAAGACACCGGACCUUUCUACUGUUGUUGGAUGGGUGAAGCAAGCAUGGCAGUCACUGCCAGACGGCAUGGUCAGAAGAUCAUUCCUGAGGAUAGGUAUUGACAACAGCCUUGAUGAUACCCAGGAUGAGCAAUUGUGUGAGGAGGAGCUGAAGGAGGAACUGGAAGAUGAUGAUGAGGCUACUGGUCUGUCAGACAUGGGGGAUGGGAUUGCUGGCUCCAUGGACAGUGAAGUGGUUGGAAUGGAAAAAUCCAACUUUAUACACAGUGCAAACCAAACACUAGAGGAGUAUGUGACUCAAACUGAGAUCAUAGAGUUUGAGAAUGGUAUCAAACUCAAGGUGGAGGACAUAUCUGCCUCUACCGAUACAAAAACUAAACCACAGAAGCCACAGCCUGUGCCACCACGCAGUGAUUCCUCGUUGGUAUUUCUAACGCAGAAGUUUGCAGAGAAGCUGAGUCGCACUGUUGAUGGGGUGUUGGACAUAAACCAACUCUCCCAGGAGUUCUCUGUGCAUAAGAGACGCAUAUAUGAUGUCACCAAUGUCUUGGAAGGGAUCAAACUCAUCAAAAAGAAGUCCAAAAGUCGUAUACAGUGGUUGGGCAAGAAUGUGAACAAUGGCAAAAUAAGUCAACAGAUGAUGUCUCUUAUUGAGGAGGAGAAGAUUCUGGACGAGCUGAUCCAAAGUUGUGCACAACAGAUUAGAAAGUUGUGUGAGGAUCGUCACACUCAUAGAUAUGCCUACCUAACACAUGCAGAUAUCCGAAGGAUUCAGAGUUUUAAAGAGCAGACUGUGAUAGUCAUCAAGGCUCCUGCAGAUUCAAACAUACAGGUGCCACACCCAGAAGAGAGCCUCCAGAUCUACAUCAAAAGCGUCAACGGACCCAUCGAGGUUUUCCUCUGCCCCGAUACCGUGGAAUCCUCAGACAACACAGCUGCCGACAGAGCUGAUGGCAGCCAGUUCAGUUCAACAACCUCUGAGAAUGAUUCCCUUCCUUCACCCUCCCUACCUUGCCCCCAGGAGUCUUCCACAAAAGAUGCGAACAGUAGUUGCGAAAUAAAUGGAUUCUCACACCACAGUCCGAGCUGACACAACACCCACUGCUGAGUACUGGCAGCCCUUUGCUCCCACAUUCUUUGCAACCUGCAAUAAUUACGUCCCGUCACCUUUGGCCUUGUCCCUCUACAGGACAGGACAGGAAGGAUUGUCUCUUCAGACUGGAAGGUGCCGAAAGUGUCGCAGACCUGUUGUGUGUCUGACUUGGCCACGCUGCUUACCUGAACAGACUCUUUGGGGUGAAAACUUGUUCCGGCUGAAAUAACAAUAUUCUGGAAACAUAUAUUUUGUAUUUAACUCGUUGGGAUCACUAAUCUCUAUGUGGGGACGAGCGUCAGCCACAAGUAUAACAUUGGAAAUGGAUUACGGAUGCAAUGUAGUUUUUUUGUUUUUGUCUUUUAUGGCAAAACGUUGAAAGAGUUCAACUCGGAGCCAGUUUGAGCUUUCUUAUCAAGAUAUGACCACAAUAGUAUUAAACGAUUGGUUCAAACUCUCAUUACAAAACUUUGCUGUUGCAGUCUAAAGAGAUGUGGAUCAUUUUUGUGGCUAAGUUACAUCGAAAUCUGCUGUAAACAAACAGUUGAAUAGCUUCAGUUUGAUUAAAAAGAUUAGUUCAAUCAGGCUAGUCUAAGUAAAGCAUAGAUCCAAGUGUAUUGUUGCUGUCUUAAAACAAUUCCAAUUUGAAAAACAUAACCGUGGUUCAUCUGACAUCCCCCCCCGAACCGCAAGUGAUUGUAACAGUCGCAUCAAUUCUUUCAACUCUUCCAUUUUACUUAGAAAAAUUCCAAAACCACACCACAUUCCCACUGAACACUGUUACAACACUCUCAAUUUAACAUUAAUCAGUUACUUCAGCGGAAAUCUAAUAUUUCUGCCUGGAGUUCUCCAGCCUUUACCAGAAAUACUACAGUACAACUAGCUGCUGUUUGCACCUGCAAAUAUUAUGACCCAGAUAAACGUGCCUACUCCCUUUGCACUGAUUUGUUAAAAUAAGCUUUAUGUUUUGUGUUGUUAACUAGAAACUAGUUUUUUCUUUUACCCAAAUUCAGACUCUUAUAAGGACCAAAACUCAAAUUUGCUUCAUUGUCAUUCGAUUUCCAUUUAAGUCAGAGUUAUUGCUCAAGAAUAUCAAAUAGGACAAAGACUAGUACAGCAUGUAACAAUGCUAUGGAAAUGUGUAUUUUAGUGUGCUGCAAGGUUGGGGUUAAAACUAGUUUACUUCAAAGUUUUCUCAGGGCUCAGUAGCUUUUACUAGAGAUCUAAUCUUCCAUUAUAAAAGCUAAUUCUUACACUUUUGAGCAUGACACUAACAUAGCUUUGGAGUGCAAAGUAUCGUUACAGUGUUUUUUUUUUUUUUAUAUCUAAUGUCUCAGGUAGUACUCUCCGUGUGUUAAACUGUCUGCCCUCUGGUAGUUGUAAAAAGGAGAACAGUAUUGUCUUCAGUUGACACAUUGAACCAUUGAAAGCAUCGACUUGGCCUUUUUCUGUGCUGUCACAAAAAAAAGGUGUUUUUGCCUCCCUGUUUAAGAAGCAGUUCCAAAUUGCAGAACAAUUUUAGGUGUGACAGCUCAAUACCAGUGUAGCUCUGAGGGAGCUGGCUGACAGGCUUGUCAUUUUGGGAGAAGCACAUGUGGGCUUGGUAAUAAUAGAGAUAAGAGCUACUGGUUCCAGGCUCCUGUAAUUGUUUGUUAGUGGUGGCUUACAGGGAAACCUGAAGGAAUCUAAGCACUGUUUAAUACAGUUUGAUUUAUCACACUGCCAAUACAAGUCAAGGCUCAAUAUUGAGAUAGACGUAUCAGCAAAUGGAAAGGAAAGCUCUUUGAAUGGUGUUUGAGCUUCCUAAUGUGCAGUCUGGAGAUUUGAUCGCUACUACUGGAUGUCAGCUGUUUUUACUGAUUGACAGCACCAAGAAGUUUUUAUCACAUUUUUUGUGAAAUCAGACUCAGACAAUGUUUGAUCCAAGCUGCUACACUGUUAUGUUUUCAUCCAAACACAGUUGACAGCUUCCACAAGGUUCAAAAUGUGUAACUGUUCAAAUGUUCAAGUUUUCAUGUUUUAUUUUUUGUUUUUUAAUUAUUAAAAACCACUUUAUCACAA